AUUUGAUCUCUCCCCUACGAAUCUCAAGGGUAUCACCACGCCCGUUUCUAUUAAAACGCGUUCUUAGCGACCUUGCUGACCGACCUUUGGCUCUACUGCCAUUGUUCUCGCAAUGGCGAGCCGUGCAGAGCGAUUGGCCCAGCUCGCCGCGGCACGGAAGAGCAGGUCGACCGUCGCCUAUGAAGUCGAAGAAUACCAAAGCUUGUACGAUACGGUGGACGAGGAAGGCUACAAGAAGGUUGUACGUAGCCGCUUGGAUCGCGAUGACUUCGUCGUAGACGACAAUGGCGAAGGCUAUGCGGAUGACGGUCGAGAAGAGGACUGGGACGACGGCCACUACGAUGACGACGGCAGCGGUAAUGACGACGACGAACCGCAACCGCGAGGUAAAGCAGCCAAGAAGCAGCGUGAGGAAGAGCAAAAGAGGCGUGACAAGAUCCGCAAUGGCAUCAGCCAGUACUUCAAUGCAAAAACCACAACAACAGUCUCUAGAUCAAAGCCUAUAAAGACAGCAGAAGACGACGCAUUCAUGGCGGAGUUGCUCGGCGAAGUAGAUGUUCAUGUCAACGUGCCACGGAAUUCAACGCGCUCAAAGCCUAGUAAGCUUGAAAACCGGCGCAAGCGACUAUCUCCUCCACUGCCGGAAGUCAGACCGUCGAAGAACGCUCGCAUAGACCAGAGCGAGAGUGCUCUCCAAACCCACACACCGCCUACUGAAAAUGCCUUCAACGACGAGCUUAUAGCCUUGGCACCGGAUGAGGAUAUACCUAUGAGUGACCCUCUGCCUUCUUCGCCUGUUGCAAAGGCGGUGCAACGCAAGAGCCUGACUGUCAAGACUGAGGAGGAGAGCGACGACGACGUCAUGGAAGUUGCGCAAACAGUCGGACAUGUCGCCUCGACUGGCCCCGCUAUCAACAUGUCAGGUACCAGACCUGCCCCAAAGAUUAAAAAGGAAGCGUAUCCAUCACCCGCAAGUUCAUCACCCCCGCAGGCAAAGGUCGAAAAUGUUGAGGCGGAUUCGUGGAACAGCGUUACGGACAGGCUGAACAUCCUGAGCAGUCCAGCAGCACCACAGAGCCAAAGUUUUGGAAAGCUCAAGCCGGAACAAGCUGUCGAAGAGGACGGAAGCCUCCGCAUGUUUUGGUUCGAUUACACGGAGAUCAACGGCAGUCUAUGUCUUUUCGGCAAAGUCAAAGACAAGAAAUCUGGUAAUUUCGUGAGCUGUUUUGUCAAGGUUGACAACAUUAUGAGGACGCUCUACUUUUUGCCGCGCGAAUACCGACAGAAGCAUGGGCGAAACACAGAUGAAGAAGUGGGCAUGAGCGACGUCUACGACGAAGUCUCUGAUAUAAUGUCGAAGCUGCGGGUAGGAUCAUUUAAGAUCAAGCCUAGCUCACGCAAAUACGCUUUCGAACUUCCAGAUAUUCCAAAGGAGGCAGACUAUCUCAAGCUGCGAUAUCCCUAUGACAAGCCUUCCCUAAGCAUAGAAACUACUGGGGAAACGUUCUCACAUGUUUUUGGUACGAACACUGCACUUUUCGAGCAGUUCGUUCUGUGGAAGAACAUUAUGGGACCUUGUUGGCUAAAAAUUGAGGGCGGAGAUUUCAACGCCGUUAACAACGCUUCCUGGUGCAAGCUCGAGCUAGCUGUGGAUAAGCCUCAGGCCAUUUCAGUGUUAGAGACCGACAGUAUGGACGCUCCCCCGCUAACACUCAUGAGCAUCUCGUUACGCACUACAUAUAACAUCAGAGAAAACAAGCAAGAGCUCCUUAUCGCGAGCGCUCGUGUGUACGAGAAUGUGUCUCUAGCCGAGACUACACCUGCAGAUAAGCUGCCUUCGAAGUCUUUCACAAUAAUGAGACCCGUUGGCGCCGAUUAUCCCACCGGCUUUAAGUUGGAGGUUGAGAGACAUAGAGGCAUGAUUGGCAUGGAACGCAAUGAAGCUGCCCUGCUCAGCAAGUUUCUAGCUAUUCUAGGCAAUCAUGACCCGGACGUGCUUAUGGGUCACAAACUGGAUGACGUCGAUUUCGGCGUAUUGCUAAGUCGAAUGCGGGAGCGUAACACCCCUGGUUGGCACAGAAUCGGCCGCUUGAAGCGGAGUCAGUGGCCGAAGAAUAUGGGCAAGGGUGGCGGCAGCUUUUUUGUCGAGCGUCAGCUAGCGGCUGGCCGCUUGCUCUGCGAUCUGGCUAAUGACAUGGGAAAGUCUCUCAUGAUGAAGUGUCAGUCGUGGAGUCUCACGGAGAUGUGUGAGCUGUUCCUCAAUGAGAAGCGAGUCGAGCUCGAUAAUGAGAACGCGCUCAAAACUUGGUGCUCCACACCAAAGGGCCUGAUAAAUUACCUGAGGCAUUGUGAGACGGAUACCUAUUUCAUCUCUGCUUUGGCGUUGAAAGUUCAGAUGUUGCCUCUCACCAAAGUUUUGACUAAUUUAGCUGGUAAUUCUUGGGCUCGUACGUUAAGCGGCACUAGAGCCGAGCGCAAUGAAUACAUUUUGUUGCAUGAAUUCCAUCGCAACAAAUACAUUUGCCCCGACAAGGUCUGGGGUAAAGGUAAACAGAAAAAUGAGGAGGAGCAUGAAGAUGGCGAGGAGGGAGGCGCUGAUGCGAAGAAGAAGGACAAAUAUAAGGGAGGUCUUGUCUUCGAGCCCGAAAAAGGCCUUUACGAUAAGGUCAUCCUUGUUAUGGACUUCAACAGCCUGUAUCCCAGUAUUAUCCAGGAGUUCAACAUCUGCUUCACCACCGUCGAACGGUCGGACAUCGGCGAAGAAGAAGAUCGAGUCCCCGAAAUACCGGACGCUGAACAAGCACAAGGCAUCCUACCGAAGCUCAUUGCUACCCUCGUGAAGCGACGCAGAGAGGUCAAAAAGUUGAUGAAAGACAAGAAUGCUACGCCAGACCAGCUCGCCACAUGGGACAUCAAGCAGCUUGCCCUGAAGCUCACAGCCAACUCUAUGUAUGGUUGUUUGGGUUAUACCAAGUCUCGUUUCUAUGCCCGACCACUAGCUAUGCUCACGACAUACAAAGGCCGUGAAAUUCUUCGAAACACGAAAGAGCUCGCCGAAAGCAACAUGCUUCGUGUCAUUUACGGCGACACUGACUCCGUUAUGAUCAACACCAAUAUGGACAACAUCCAGGACGCAUUAAAGAUCGGCAACGAGUUUAAGAAGCAAGUGAACGAUCGCUACCGCUUGCUUGAGAUUGACAUUGAUAAUGUCUUUCGUCGAAUCUUACUCCAUGCCAAGAAGAAAUAUGCAGCUAUCAACCUGGUAGAAAAGGAUGGCAAGUUUGUAGAGAAGCUUGAAGUCAAGGGUUUAGACAUGAGGCGAAGGGAAUACUGUCAACUUUCGAAGGACACUUCAUCCAAGCUGCUAACGUUUCUAUUGUCCGGCGACGAACCAGAAACUGUCGUUGAAAACAUCCAUGAGUAUCUUCGCUCACUUGCUUCCGAAAUGCGAGGCUUUAAGAUCCCACUGAUGAAGUAUAUCAUCCACACGCAGCUCGGGAAGGCACCAAAGGAGUACCCAAAUGCAGGUUCCAUGCCUUCAGUCCAGGUUGCCCUGAAGCAGAUGGCCAAAGGCAAGCAUAUUAAAGCCAAAGACGUGAUGUCAUUCAUCAUUACCGGUGAAAACGGCGGCUCUGCUGAGAACGCAGCGAAGAAUGCAUUCCCUGUCGACGAUGUUCUAAAGCCUGACUCCGGACUAAAGCCAGAUAUUGACUACUACCUGCACAAGCAGAUACUACCUCCAGUUGAGCGUCUUUGUGCGCCGAUUAGUGGUACCAAUGUCACUAUGCUUGCCGAGUGCCUGGGUCUGGACACCAGCAAGUACCGUGUCAGCAGUGCAAGUGGUACUGUCAGUGCAAAUGACCAGGAAAUUCAACCACUGGAAAGCCAGAUCCCAGAUGCGAUACGUUUCAAGGACGCAUCUCCACUACGCUUGCGAUGCCGUAUGUGCAAGACGUCGUUCAAUUUCCGAGGCGUCAUACCCAUGAUGGACAGCACGUCGAACAUGGACAAGGAGGCGGUCAUUUCACACGAAGGGUUGGCUUGCCCCAAUCCAAGUUGUGGUAAAGUCAUGCCGAACAUCAGUCUGGUUGCCCAGAUGGAAUCGCAGAUUCGGCAGCAUACCGCUCGUUUCUACGCCAAUUUUCUGGUGUGCGAUGACCCCUCUUGCGGCAUUCGAACUCGCCAAAUGAGUGUCUACGGACAUCGUUGUCUCGGCCCGAAGGGACUUGGCCACGGUUGUCUGGGCAAGAUGCACGCUGAGUACACUGAGAAGAUGCUGUACAACCAGCUGUUGUUCUUGAGCCGCUUGUUUGAUGUUGACAACGCCAGAGAAAAGGCAGAGAAGGAGGCUAGAGAGGGCCGAAUUGCCAGCGAAAAGAAGGAAAAGAUAUGUGUGCUGGCAGAAGUAAAUAGGGAAAGAUGGGAGGUAGUCAGAAAUGUUGUAAAGGCGCAUCUUGAUAAGAACGGGAGACAAUGGGUGCAGAUGGAUUCGUUGUUUGGAUUUGCACUGAAGGUUGCGUAAAAGGUGCACAGGAUGCUUUUUGAUGUAGCCAGGUGUGAGGGUUCUAGGCAUCACGCUUGGGAUAGCAUACGUACAGUAACGCAUGGAUGUUCAAACUAC